AUGAGUCCCAGCGUCGUCGUGAGGCGUUCCAGGCCCGGUAGCUUCGGGGCGCGGCGUCCGUGUCCGCUUUCAGCCCCUGGAUUCGUGGAGACGCCACUUCGGGCGCUCCACUGUCCUGCCCUGCCCCCGUCCCGGAUGCGGGAAGGUGGGGCUCUAUUCUGUGCCGCGGUCCGGGCUGCGGCAGCCGCAGAACACGUGCUGUUGACCUUCAGGGAUGUGGUCAUAGAAUUCUCUCUGGAGGAGUGGGAGUGCCUGGACCCUGCUCAGAGGGCCUUGUACAAGGAUGUGAUGUUGGAGAACUAUAGGAAUCUGGUCUCCUCGGUGAGGAUAAUAAGUAUGAUUAAGGAAUUAUCACCAAAAGAGGGUAUUAACAAAGAGGAAUUAUUCCAGACAUUGAUGUUGGAAAGACACAAAAGAAAUGACAUCAAGGAUUUGGGUUUCAGAGAAGUUCUGAAAAAUAUGCAUGUGUUUGAAAGUCAGUAUACAUAUGAUGGAACAAAUUACAAAGAAUAUUUGUUAAAACUAAAAAAUAACAUAACCUGUGCAGGAAAUAAGUAUAUAAAAUGUUUUGAAAAUGGGAUUGGAUUAAUAAAAUUUCAGUCACAUCUGGCUGACUUCCAGAAGUUUCAAACUGAAGAGAAAAUUUAUGAAUGUAAUCAAGUUGAGGAUUUGAUCAACAGUAGUUUUGCUUUACCACUUCAAAGAAUUCCUACUAGCAUUGAUAUGAAUAUUUGUAAUAAGUCUGGGAAACUUUUUAUACUUCCUUCAUUACUUAUACAUCAAAAAACACCUAUUAGUGAAAAGCCUUACAAAUGUAAUGAUUGUAGGAAGGCCUUUAGAGAAAGCUCAGACCUCACUAGUCAUGAGAGAAUUCAUUUUGGGCAGAGGGCUUACAAAUGUAAUGAGUGUAGCAAAGCCCUUUCCCAAUUUGCAAAACUGACUAGGCAUCAGAGAAUCCAUACCAGUGAAAAACCAUAUAAGUGUAAUAUAUGUGGCAAGGGCUGUAGGCAAAAUUUAAAUCUUGCACGGCAUCAGAAAAUUCAUACUGGAGAGAAACCUUACAAAUGUAAUGAGUGUGGCAAAGUCUUUUCUGAGGAUUCAAGCCUUACUUGAUAUAGGAGAAUUCAUACUGGAGAGAAACCUUAUAAAUGUAAUCAGUGUGGGAAGACUUUUAGAGGAAGCUCAAAUAUCACCAAUCAUUCUGGGCAGAGACCUUACAAAUGUAAUCAGUUUGACAAAUCCUUUAACCGGAUCUCACACUCACUAGACACCAGAGAAUCCAUACUGGAGAGAAACCAUAUAAAUAUAAUACAUGUGACAAGGUCUGUAGUCAACAUUCAAAUCUUAUAAUUCAUCAGAGAGUUCAUACUGGAAAGAAACCUUACAAAUGUAAUGAGUGUGGCAAAGCCUUUAUGGAGCAUUCAAGCCUUACUCAACAUAAGAGAAUUCAUAGUGGGGAAAAGCCUUAUAAAUGUAAGGAAUGUGGACCAGUCCUCUAACUUUGUCAAACAUCAGAUAAUUCAUACUGGAGAGAAGGCUUAUAAGUGUAAUGAGUGUGGCAAAGCCUUUAAUGUGUGUUUAAGCCUUACCUGACAUCAAAGAAUCCAUACUGGGGAGAAGCCUUACAAAUGUAACGAAUGUGACAAGGCAAAUCUUACUAGACAUCAGAAAAUGCAUACUGAAAAGAAACAUUGUAAACCUAAUAUAUGUGGAAAUGCUUUUUUUUUAAAGAUUUUAUUCAUUCAUUUGACAGACAGAGAUCACAAGUAGGCAGAGAGGGAGGAAGCAGGCUCUCCACUGAGCAGAGAGCCCAAUGUGGGGCUCGAUCCCAGGACCCUGAGAUCAUGACCUGAGCCGAAGGCAGAGGCUUUAACCCACUGAGCCACCCAGGCGCCCCUGUGGAAAUGCUUUUAUCCAAAGAUCAAGCACUGGGGAUUCCCAGAGAAUUUGUGGUGAAGAGAACCUCACAAAUGUCAAUGUGUGUAGCAAAACCUUUAAUGUGUUUUCAAGACUUACUCAACAUCAAAGAAUCCAUACUGAACAGAAACCAUAUAAAAGUCAUGUAUUUGGCAAAGCCUGUAACCAGGGCUCACAGUUAAGUAGACACCAGAAUAUGCAUCUUUGAAAGAAACCAUAAAAAUGUAAUGGGUAUGGCCAGGCUUUUAUGCAAAGAUCAAACAUAUAUAAUAUCUCCUACUGGAGAGAAAUCUUAUAAAUGUAAUGAAUGUGUUAAAUUUUUAUCAGAUGUUCAAAUGUUUACUUUAGGGGUCAUGAGAGAAUUCGCAUCAGAGAGAAAACAUACAAAUGUAUUGAAAGUGGCAAGACCCUUAGACAAUGAUCUAAUCUCAAGAUUUACCAAAGAAUUUAUAUUGUAGAGAAGCCUUAAAACUGUAAUGAAUGUGAUAAGUUGUUUAACCAUUUCUCACAAUUGGCUACAUAUAAUUCAUAG